GCUAAACCUAAAGCCAGGUCAUGCUGAGUUGAUAUACGAUGGAAAGUUAGGUCCCUUUCCUUCUUCCUUCCUAAUUCUUUCUUGCAUUGCAUAGCUAUAUAAGGCUUAAAGAUAAGCGAUUCUGACAUGGGAUAUUGCCAUCUCUCUCUCCUCCGAGUUUCUCUCACACCCUUCUUCUCUUUCACCAACUUUUCUCUCAUCACCGGCCGACUUCAUUCCUGCAGGAUUUUCCUUCCGUUCUAUUGAGGACAUUAGUACAUAUUGUAAGGGUUCAAGAAGAAAGAAAGACAGGCACAGGAAAAAAAAAAAAAAAAAAGGAAAUAGCAACAAACAAAGGAAUUCAGAGCAGAAAAUAAUAUACAUUUCUGAAACAGAAAUAAAACGACAAGAUGGGUUUCUGGACACUGUUUGAGGUGGCAUCUAUGCCAAUUCUACAAGUCCUACUAAUCAGUAGUUUGGGAGCUUUCAUGGCAACUAAUUACUGCAGUCUUCUUACAACUGAUGCUCGAAGAUCCUUAAACAAGAUUGUGUUCAUGGUGUUUACACCCUCUCUUAUGUUCGCUAGUUUGGCCAAAACUGUGACACUCCAGGACAUUAUCUCAUGGUGGUUUAUGCCUGUUAAUAUUGGACUUACCUUCUUAAUUGGAGGAAUUCUUGGGUGGAUAGUUGUUAAGAUUCUGAAACCCCAGCCUCAUCUUGAAGGGCUUGUUAUCGCUACGUGUUCGUCAGGAAACUUGGGAAAUCUUCUCCUGAUCGUUGUCCCUGCAAUCUGUAGCGAGGAUGGAAGUCCAUUUGAUAGUGCCACUUGCAACUCUGUUGGACUCUCAUAUGCAUCUUUUUCUAUGGCGCUUGGUGGUUUCUACGUCUGGACUUAUACUUAUCAUCUGAUACGGUCUUCAGCUGCGAAAUUGCAAGCAAUCAAAGCAUUUGAUGAGGUCUCAAAAGCACCCAACAAUGAUUUAGAAGCUAGUCAGGAAACUCACCUUCUCAAGGGAGAAGAUCAGGAGCAUGUUGCAAUAGCUGUGGCAUCAACCAAGUCCAUUGAUGAUGAUAAAGAGAGCCAAGCUAUUGUUUCGCAAGCGUCACACCAUGAACAUGGAAAAGAGGCAUCCUUCUGGAAAAAAUUGGUAGGAUUUCUUCAUCAGAUUUUGGAGGAGAUCUUGGCACCUCCCACAAUUGCUGCUAUUUUCGGAUUCAUCUUUGGAGCAGUGACAUUCCUGAGAAAGCUGAUAAUUGGUAGUGGUGCUCCCCUGCAUGUGAUCCAAGACUCCAUCACAUUACUUGGGGAAGGAACACUGCCUUGUAUUACUCUUAUCCUUGGAGGCAACCUCAUUCAAGGUUUCAAGUCAUCAAAAAUCAAGCCAUGGAUCAUCGUUGCUGUGGUUUUUGUUCGAUAUGUGGUACUUCCUGUAAUUGGUCUUUGGCUUGUUAAAGCAGCUGGGAGUCUUGGCUUCCUUCCAUCAGACCCUCUCUAUCACUAUGUGCUGAUGAUUCAAUAUACCAUGCCACCUGCGAUGAAUAUUGGUACAAUGACCCAGCUGUUUAAUGUGGGCCAAGAAGAGUGUUCAGUCCUCUUCAUGUGGACAUACUUGGGUGCAGCCUUAGCACUGACAGCCUGGUCAACUGUCUUCAUGUGGAUUUUGUCCUGAGCAAACCCAAUUUGUCCCCAAACAACAACUAUCAGCAUAGGAGGAUCAUUAUAGAAUAGAAAUAGCCUAGAAAAUGCCCAUUAAUUGGGAUGUGAUUGGUUUGAGAAAAGCUCAAGUAAAUAGCUAUAUAUGUCACAGGGUUUGCUUUAAUUUCUUGCUGUGACAGUUCUUGUACCUAUUAGAGAAGAAGAGGAAAAAAAAAAAAAUGAACUUCACCUUCUUGAUAAA